AGGCCGUGGCAGCGAGUUGUGCUCUCUGGUGAACGCCUUGUACGCCGUGGUGGCCGUCCUGAUGGCCCUGCUCUGCGGCACCCUGACGCGCAGCACGGACUGGCGCGUCGAAGCCUUGAUUUGGUUUGGGCUCCCGAUCUUCGUGGGCCUCUUGCUGGGCUUCCCAGACCUCGGCAGCGUCGUGCGGGGGCUGCCCAAAGCCCUGGGCACCGCGCCGGCGACUGCGCCCUCUGCGCCGCGGCCGAGCGCAGCGGCGCCCUCUGCGCCGGAGCAGGGCGAGGGCGAGGAGAUGAGCCCCGCGAUGCGGCGGGACUUGGCGAACCUGGGGGUUUGCUUCAUGGCCACCGUCUUUGCCUACUACGGCUUGAGCUAUUCCGCCGAUUCCCUCUCCUCCAACCCCUUCGUCAGCGCCACGCUCAUCAGCGGCUCCGACGUGCUCGCCUGCCUCCUGGCCAGCCGCGCCGCCCGCUGGGGUCUGCUGCGGGCGCAGAGGGCGGGCUUCCUCACGGCCGCGGUGGCGCUGCUGGCCUGCGCCCUGGGCGGCGUAGAUAGCGCCUUCACCAUGGCCAUGGCCAUCUUGGCGCGGAUGGCGCUCUCGGUGGUCUUUGUCACCAUCUACGUGGCGCUGGCUCAGAUCUUCCCCGAGCGAUACCAGAAGAUUGCCCUUCCCACCUGUGAGAUCAUGGCCCGGGUUGGCGGUUGCCUCUCGCCCUCUUGCGGAACUCUUCCGGCACACAUCAGCUUGCCGAUGUUUGGCUUCGCCUGCUUGGUCGCGACGCGUGCGACAAUGAAACUGCCUGACAAGCCUUCCAUAAAGGAGCGCUGACGAGAGCAGGUUUAGUAGUUUGGCAGAAAGCAUUGUAGGCGCAUUGUUCUAGGGGUACCUUCCCCAGGGAUCCU